UUUUAAUGGAAAGUGGGGCAGGUGAAGGGAAAAUAGAUCCCCGACGCUGGGUGCAUUCAAGAAUGCAAAACGGAAUCCUGUUCCUAAAUGUGUAACAGCUCUUCUUAGUAAAGCGCAGGUGAACUGGUGAACUGUUGUGAAUGCAUCUCACAUUAGACAAAGCUGCCCUCUCUCAGCAGCAUCACAUUUAUAAUCACCCUAGCCUAGAAAACAUAUUAAAGCCAGAUGUAAAACCUACUUCGCAAACCGUGAUUUGAUACAAAAGUCAACGGUUCUGAGCAGCUUUGAAUUAUUUCAUAAUGCGGGAACUGCUCUGAGGUGAAAUUAUUCACGGAUGGACCUGGUGCCUGUCAGGUGAGACGUCAUUUACGACCCGCGGUAAGACUGACGAAGCGGGACCGCCGACAGGAUGGUGGAGCGGUCGGACAGAGCACCUCUGCUGGACUGGGAGGAGGUUCCAUACGCGCAACCGCCCGACGGUGUAGCACCGGCGACAGCUCACGCAAAGGACCGACUGUCAAGCCCCUCCAACAGCCGUGCUUUAUCAACAUGCGCUACUCCGCGGUUUGGGUGGAGCACUAGUACAGGGGGUCCUACUCCCAGCAGGUCUGUCUCCAACGUAGACGGCUGCAACGCCGCACGCGCGACCUCCAGCACCCCGACAGACACGGAUGAAGGGGUGCUUUCAGACAAGGAAGAGCAUCUUUCUGAUUCAGGACCGAGGGAAGUGCUGCUGGAAGACAGAAUGGUGAAAUGGGAGGAAAAGGACCAGAUUGUCUCUGUCUUUGUGGUUACAUUCAAUACCAGAUCAGGAAACAUGCUAGAGUGGUGUCUGCCUAAAAACAUGGACCUGGAGGGAGUGGAAUUCAAAGCCAUCGCCAGUGGCUCCCACCGAGUCACCACAGAUUUCAUCUACUUCCGGAAAGGCUACUACUUUGGCCUCGCCUGCUUUGCCAACAUGGCGGUGGAGAGCACAGUAGAGAGAGGGGCAAGGAUGAAGUCGGUAGGGAUCCUGUCUCCUUCGUACAUCCUGCUCUACCGCUACAUGAGCUUCCUAGAACAUCAGGUCAGGCUUCAGCUUCAGUCCCCAGGCCACUACUCUCCCCUGGAGGCCUUCUAUGAGGACAAGAGGGCACGCCUGCCCCCCAGUGGUGAUGCUGUUGUUACUGCAUGUCCAGCCAACAUCUGGGGAGCUGCAAUCAACUACAGCAUGCAACCUGAGAUGAAGAUCACACACCCUGAGGGCUGUAUGUCCCAGUUCAUCCGCUUCUUUGGGGAGCAGAUCAUGGUGCUGUGGAAACUGGCUCUUCUCCGUAGACGCAUUCUCAUCUUCUCACCUCCACCUGUGGGUGUAGUGUGCUACAGAGUGUACUGCUGCUGUUGUCUGGCAAACAUCUCCAUCCCUGGUGUUGGCAUGGCUGUGCCUGAAUUCCGCCCCUUCUUCUAUGUUAAUGUGGCUGAUAUCAGCGCCCUGGAAAAUGAGCUCUCCUAUGUAGCGUGUACAACUGAGAAAAUCUUUGAGGAGAAGAAGGAUCUGUAUGAUGUGUAUGUAGACAAUCAGAAUGUAAGGACCUACAGAGAUGGCCUGAAGCCCGUGCUCCGCCUCAGCAAUGCAGACAGGGAGAAAUAUCGCAAACUCACCAAACAGAGGCAGAUGUUGCUGUAUUCCCAGGAGGAGACUGGAGACUGUGUGUCCAGUGAAGAGGAUCUCUUCAUUCUGUUUUUUCUGGAGCAGAACAACAGAAUUUUCCAGACCCUAAGCGAGGUGGCAGGAAGUCCUGAUCCCACUCUGACCCAGGAGAGCGUGCGGGCCAUGGGUCUGGACCCCCAUGGCGACAGACUCUUCCUGCUUCAUCUACUGGAGAUUUAUGGCUAUGACACCCUGCUGGUGUCAGAGCAGCUCUGCUGCAGCUGAGAGCCAACAGAGGGCUGGCUUUCCUUUCAUUACUCCAAUAUCUCAAAGGGGGUUGGUUUGCCUUAAGCCUACUCUGAGUUCUACACAUCUGGCUUACUGGAGUCUUCAGAGCUGCCUGAGCCUCCAGGAAUGUCUCUAGUAUAAUUUUUUGUUGUAUGUCUGUUGUAUGUUGUCUGACCUUUUUUUCCACCAUGGUUCUACUGACAAGAGCACAAUUAACAGUCAACUCUUAGAGAUCACCUCAUGGAGAUAAACUUGUAUUUGAGAUGGAUUACUCACCAUCAGGUGACUUAAAGUGACUCUCUGGAUUGGAUACAACUGCAAUUUUUCCAGUACUGUGCUGUGUUUGAACACCCCAGGAUUGCAGAUUCAAACACACCUGCUGUUAUUAAUGGCAAGAAUAAUUCUUCAUUACAAGGGACAUAUGGCACUGGGACAUUAAGUUGAAUGACUUCUUCUAAGAUUCAGCUAGUGGUCUGAAGAUUUUCCAUGGACAAAAUGUGGUGAUGAUUAAUGUAAUAAAGUAAACAAGAGGUAGCCUUCCUGUAAAUAAUUCAGAAUUUUCUUCCCUCUUUAUCUACAAUGUGUGUCUUAAGUGUGUGUUAUGGGGUCCCACUCAAAUUCAAAUUUCAAAGUGAGAGGGGCUUUAUUGGCAUGAAAGUUUCAAGUAACAAUGUUGCCAAAGAGUCAAAAUUAUAUAAAAAUGUAAGUAUUUAAAUAAUUGGACAAUUCAAAAGAAAAAAACUGAUAUGUAUUACAUAUGUACAGUUUAUCAUGUAGGUUUGUAUGUGUGUAUGUAUGUGUACUGUGUGUGUCUUUCACUGUUCUUCAGGUUGUGGCAUAUUCAUAUACACCAACAAGCCACUUUAAUGGGCACACUUGUACAACUGUAUGCACUUCAGUGUGAAAAGUCCACCUUAACAUCUGAAGUUAGAAAUUUUCAGUUUUU